AUGGCUGUGGCGAGACUCAUUGCAUCGUCUGGGGGAAAGGGCCUCCCUCAGGGUCUAGUGCGACUCAUGUCGCCGUACCAGGCUCAUUACCACGAGGUGAGAUGCCUGGGCAAAGGGGGUUUCGGCAGCGUGGUCAGUGCGGUUGGUCGCCUGGACAAUCGCGCGGUGGCGGUGAAGAAAGUUCACUUCAAGUCUGCGGUGCCGCCCUGGGCCAAGAACGACGCGCUCGAGGGCCUGCACGAGGAGUUGCUGCGGGAGGCGAGGGCUUUGGCGCUCAUGGACAACCCGAACGUCGUCAAGUACCACACAGCGUGGAUCGAGCCGAGGUGGUCGAAGCUUGCGGCGGUUGGCGCCACGACGAAUAGGAAAGGUCAUCGCGUGGGUGCGGGUGCGACCAAGGCCUCGCUCUCCCCGGGAGCACUCGCGAGGCAGGACUCGUUCAUAGUUGCCGAUGACGGAGGGUCCGACUCGGAUUACUCGGACGAAUUCUCGGAAGAGACCUCGGACUAUUCGGAGUCUGGGUCGAUCACCGGCGGCUCGGCGCGUCUUCUUGCUGGAGGUGGUAAGGAUGAGAAGACCGGGAUUGGCUACUCCGAAGUGUGGACGCCGGCGGCUGCGGCGGGAACGUUGCGGUGGCCGUAUACCCUGCACAUCGCCAUGGAGCUCUGUCCCAGCUCCACCCUCAGGGAUUGGAUCAGAGUUCGACCUCGAGGCGAGGUUCAGGUUGGCACCGCGUCUCACAUCUUUCGCUGCGUCACCGAGGCGCUCAGGUACGUUCAUGCCCACGGAAUCAUCCACAGGGAUGUAAAACCAGCAAACAUUUUGGUCCAUCGCGGCACGAGCGAACUGGAGCCCACGGUGAAACUCAUGGAUUUCGGACUGGCCGUGUUUUAUGACUUCAGCGCGGAGAAGAAAUCAUCGGAAAGGAAGAAGAAGGGUGGCGCAACGGUGGUCCAGGUGUCUUUGGACGGCGAAGAUGGCGCAAAGGGAGUGCCCGUUGACAACGUGUUCUCUGUUGGUGUCGGUACAGCCAGCUACUGCGCCCCCGAGCAGAGGCGGGGCACUGGUUUGUACACAUCAGCCGUCGACAUGUACAGUCUCGGGGUGGUGCUUGUGGAGAUGUUCACGGCGCUCGGGCAAGAGGCUACGGAAUCGGAGCGGCUUCACCUCAUCGCUGAUGCAAAGGGACUGAACAUGCCUCAGGAGAUGGUUGCGAAAUUCCCCAAGCACGCGCGUUUAGCUGAACGGCUACUGGCGGUCGAUCCAAAGGAGAGACCGUCCGCGGACGAGAUUCUCAGGUUGUGGCCGAGGGUGAAUUUGCGUAAAGGUGAGCUUCCAACAACGCAAGUGCACUUCAGAUCACAGGGCCACGACAGAACCCAAAUGGGCGCAGCUGUUGCUGCCGCGGCUGCUGCGGGUGCUGCGGCGGUCCUUUCUUCCUCCCGCGCUGAAGUGAGCUCGGCGGCGGAGUCUGCUGCGGUGUCAGCGGCACUUGAUAGGUUGUCGAUCAAACGGUCGAUGUCGCUUCCUGAGGCUGAGCUAGCUGCCAUCGCUGAUGCUGUCGACGCGGCGACGGACGCGGUCGUGGGAUCAGGCUCGCCGAAAAGGUCGCCACACCGGCACAAACGCGCUCCAUCUUCUCUGUUGUCGUCGCCCGUUCUGGAGUCGGAUGAACUUGUCGAGGAGUCCGUCGGCGCCGUGACGAGUGACGAAUCGACCUCCAUCGAUCUGGAGAGGGCGACGAGAGGAGACAUGGCGGCGGAGAUUCGUCGGCUUCAGGAGCGACUGGCGCAGCUGGAGGGCGCGACGAGAUGA